GAGGGGUUCCAGGCGGCGGCACGUUACCAUGGCAACGCCAGGGGAUUUCGUGGCGUUCUUUGGAGUUUCUCUCGCUUUUUGGUUCGGAUGAGAGGCAGCUGUUAGCGGAACACUCGGAAAACAAAUAUAAAUAAAUUACUCGAAAUACAAGCAGCAGUUCCCUGGGCUGCAGUGUUACAUGCCGGAAGAUCAUUUCCAGCACCUACAGAUUUUUUUUUUGUUUUGUUUUUCAUUAUCUACCAACCUGCACGUCUUUGGGAUGUGGGAAGAAAGGAGAGCACCUGGAGGAAACCCAUGCAGUUACAUGGAGAACAUGCAAACUCCACACAGACAACACCCGAGGUUCCGGAUUGAAAUGACUACCUUGUGCUGACAUUGAUCAAGUUAAGUUAUAUUGAAUCAAUUAGAAUAUACUUUUCUUAGAUGUGAAAGUUAAAUGGGUCCAAUUAGCAGCAUGUCUCCAAUGAAGAAAGCAGAGAUCUCAGGCACAGGGGAGCCUUGCGUCUUGAAUUCAAAUUGUUCCAUAGAAGUUCUUUCAGAGGUAACAGCUGGUACGAAGCCAGGGGUGAUUUUUGGAGAGAAGGAAAUGACAGAUGAUGAGGAACUUACUAAUCUGAACUGGCUUCAUGAGAAUAAAAACCUAUUGAAAAACUUCAGCCUUGGCAGUGAGAUGCUACGUAGUGUUAGUCCUACACGUGAUGUCAUUGAAGAAGACACUUCACCUUUGCCACUUUCUGAUUCGCUGAAUAAUGACAAGCGUGGAUUGAACUCCAAACCUCCGUAUUCAUUUAGCUGCCUUAUAUUUAUGGCGAUUGAUCAUUCAGCCAGAAAAUGUCUGCCAGUCAAGGAUAUCUACAAUUGGAUAUUGGAGCGUUUUCCAUAUUUUACCAAUGCACCCACUGGCUGGAAGAACUCUGUAAGGCAUAAUCUUUCCUUGAACAAAUGUUUCCGGAAAGUGGAGAAGGGUCAUGGCAAGACUGUUGGAAAAGGUUCGCUGUGGUGUGUCGACCCACAGUACAGGCCCAACCUCAUACAGGCUCUCAUGAAGACUCCAUAUUAUUCAACAAUGCAAAUCUUCUAUACACCACCAGCCUCUCCUCCAAGUGCAUCACCACCUCCUCACCACCUCACAUCAACAUCACCACAGCUCCAAGAUAGCCUACAGAAAAGUUCUGAUAUUGAUGCUGCCACUGCUAUGAUGUUGCUGAAUUCUCCAGAACAAAGACUUCCUCAGUGUAAUUCAUCUCAGCAACACAGUCCAGUGCUAAGCAGAAAACGUAGCCACAAACGUGCAUUUUCAAAGCAUGCCCCUAUUACAGUGAAAAUGACUGAAACCACACACAAAACAAGAGAGAAUGUGGAAACUUCUCCGUUACAGAAAGAUGGCAAAAGUCUAUCUGGCUUACCAAUUAUCAACAAUGAUCCAAAGGAAGAUCACAAUUACAGUGCAAAUGGAACCGUCUCUCUUCGCAGUGAAUCGAGGUCUAGUGUCUCAUCCUUCUCCUCGGUGGAUGAAGUCUAUGAAUUUAUUCCAAAAACUAGCCGGCAGGGAAGUGAUGGAAGUGAAGGUUUCCAUAGUGAUGAAGAGUCUGAAGCAGAUGAUUGUGAGAAUGAGUCAAAUAACUUGCUAGGUGCCAGUGCCUCUAAUGUGUUACAUUCAGCUGGAAAUAGCUGCAGAACAAUGCAGCAUGAAGUUGAUGAAGAACUGAAGGAAGCUGCUGGGUCACUUCUGCAUCUUGCUGGACUCUUCAGUCAGUAAACCAGUAAAAAAUGGACAUGAAAGAUGUUGUGCAAAAUAGCUGGUCUCCUUACUUGUCCCCCAUUGUGUGUCAAUGUGGCAAUAUUCUUCAAUGGAAUCCUCGAAUGGAAGAUAAAAGCCAUACAAAGACAGAGGUGUUUGUUCUUCUGCAAAAACUGCCAUAUGUUUGCACCUUUUCUGAAAACAAGCUGGUUUCUUUAGUUGUAUCAAUUCUUUGAAUGUGGACUUCUAAAGCACCCACUGAUUGCUGCAAGUCCACAACACAUGCGAUGAAUCAGUCUGCAUGUCACAGUAAGAGGUCAAACUUUUAUUGGUUAAAACUGCAACUGGGUGCAAACUGAGAAGAUUUUUUAAUGAAAAAUUGAAUAGGGUUGUAAAGGGGUGAUGGGGCUUUGCAAUAUUUUAGACAUCUCGGAGAUUGUAAACAGUAUUUUCUAAAACUAGCAUGUUGGUAAAGAUGCUUAAAGUUAACCAUCUCUCACUUUUUUCCCCCUUUUUUCCCCCAAAUAUGCUUAUCUUGGUUCUUAGUGAACAGAUUUGUUGCCAGUGGCACAGCACAAUUAAAUAACCCUUGACUUCAAUGAGGAAUUGUACCAACAGUUCUAAGGUGCUGACUUCACUGACAUGAGCAGCCAUCAUUAAAUACAGUUCUUCAUGCAUAGAUGAACUCAGCUAACCAUAUGACUGUGGGAUAUCACAGCAAUUCAGUUCUUAUAAAUAUAUAAAAUACUUAACAUUUUCCAACAUGCAGCACUAUAUGUGUUGGAAAGUGGUUUAAUUUUCCUCCAUAUACAGCAAUUCAUGAUAUCCCUUAACUGCUGUCCAGGCCAUUUGAAUAAACUCAUGAAGAUUAUGAUGUUGCUGCACUUUACAAUGGAACAAAGUUGAGAAUGCUAUGCAGUUUAUUAUUUUUAAAAUAUGUCGUCGCCUAGUCAUGCUUCCAUGAUUCUGUUGGACUGUGUUGGUUAUUUGCAAAAAAUAUUGGUGGGAGAAGAUUGGUUGUAUAUUUUAAAUUGUUCAAACAAAAAUCUCAGUCGGCUAUAUUAAACUGAAAAUGCAUAUAUUGGAGUUGUAUGAUAGCACAGCUCUGUAGUGACUAUUGAAAGACAUUACUAUAUCGAUCAUAACAAAGAGGGUAGAUUAUCUUCACAUAUUAAGCAAGCUAUACCUCUCAACAUGGUAUGUAAUUUAGAAUUUAAAUCAGCAUGCAAAACAAAAGCAUCUUACUACCACGUUUUUUAUAUUAAAAAGUUACUAAAAAUGUUGAGGUACAUGCUACUGAAUCGUAAAAUUCUAAUGCUUAUGGGAAUGAUUUAUGACCUCCUCUAAAUCCACUGGCCAGAAUUGAGACUUCUAAUUCAUUCAGUUGUGCUUAUUAAUUUUGCUUCUUAAUUAUGAUGCUCCUUUAAAAAUGUUUUUUGUUCUGCACCACACUGUAACAGAUGCAGAGUUGGUCAGCUGUACAUUAACCUUUACCAAUACCUGAAAUGAGUAUUGUUUUUCAUCUUCACCACAAUAAGAAACCACUAAUGAAAGAUCAACUUGCUGCAAAGCAUUUAUACUAUGUUAGGACUGUACUAUUUUGUGCAAAUUUUAACAUCCUUUAUUUGGAUUGUUGAUCAUGCCUCAAGUUAUGCAACCCUGUUCAGAUAUGGUCUGAUGUUUAUCUUGUCUGAAUAUUUCACAAUAUUCAGUCCUACUUACAGUGGCAGAACUUUUUUUGUGGUUGUUUGUUAUCGGGAGGUAACUAGGAACUGCUGACACUUUCUCUGGAAGCUCACUUAGCAAUGUACGUUAGGAUAAUUUUAUAGUGUUCCAUUUUUGUUUGAAAAAAAAUUGCACUGUUAUGCAUUGUUAAUGUGCUAUUGCUGAAGCAGCAAUAUUAUAUUUUUAGAAAAAUAUAAUAUUGUAAAUCCAUACUUUCUGAUACGCUUAAUUGUCAUUGGGCAGUACUAAAUCCAAGGGUUAGGAUUUAAAUUUAGUUACUGGCUUUUGUGGAACAAAUGGGUGAAAGAAAAGGGGAAAGAGGAGAAUCAUAUUAUAGCCUGCUUCAACAUCCUGUUCACUUUGAAUCCUACCUACUUGCAUUUCUAUUGUGCACUGCAACUUGAUGUGUUUCUCAUUGAGGAUCUCAUAAAUCUGUGCUUAUCUACAUAAACGUGGGUAUGAUUAAAGAAUGUACUUCUUAACCUUGAGAUUCAGAUCAGUAGUUGUCAGGUGGAACAGGAGACCUUUCAAGAUCAGUCAGAGUCUAUGUGACAAAGAGCAGCAGUAGUUAUUGUACGGAAUAUGUUGAUUUUGUUGCCCUGUAUUCCAUUCCCAAACUUUGUCAGAGCCCGUUUCCUUGAUUUGCCCUUUGACGACAAACUACCUUUGCUGCCCACACUGGUGUUGUUGAAUGAAGCUGUACUGUAUCUGCCAAAUAACUUCUACUUUUGCCCAUGUCAGAUGAGCAACCAAGAAGUACCAAGCAGAUGAGUGAUGCACAAGAGAUUUUACACCGAUCUGAAAUUUGAGCCAGUGAGUGUAUCUGCAACUUCUUUUACCUUGAAGUUGAAUGGAAAUUAAAAAUCCAUUUUAAAGUGACAUUAAAUCCACAUUAUAGAAUCUCUUUGUGGAUAUGGAAGUUAAUAUUUUAAAAAGAGAACAUAAGAAGCAUUCAGCAAAUCGGAUAGCAUCUGUGGGUAGUCACCAGAAGUAAAUAGUUAAUUUUGUUUUAUCCCAGAUUAAAAUUCCAUUAUGUGCCUCUUUUAAUGAGUUAACAAUUCAAACCAUUGAUUUUCCAAUCAGCAUAAUGUCUCUGAUCAUCAACCAGAGACAGUAACUCAGUGUGUUUCUCUACAAAUACAAGAAAUGCUGAGCAUUUCCAGCAUUUUUUUGUUGUUUGAGAUUUCAAACGAUCACAGAAUUUUCUCUCCACACUCAGGAGUUCACUGUCAUUGUUAUACCUUUUUAUUAUCAAUGAAUGUUUUUGGGCCAUCACAUCAGGCUCUCUUAGGAGAAAUUGAGUUGAAAAUGAUAAACAUGAAUCUUUUCUGAAAUUGCAGCAUUUAAUCCUGGAAAUAAAUGUGUGCUAUUUUAUGUAAAUAUCCUUUGUUGGAACAUUUUCUGAUCCUGUGCAUUUUGGAGAUUUGAAGAGAUUCUUUUUGGGGAAGUGUCAAUGGAGGUAGUAUAAAUAUAAUCCAAAAGGUUCCUUCAUUUAAAAGAGCAAAAGGCAACUGCCACAAAAUUUAAUCUGCAGUUGGUCUUACAGCUAUAUGUAAUAUAUAACACAAAGAACUAUUUGCCAAUACUGAAGAACAGUUGCCUUUCUAUUAUUUUUAUUUUUUAAAAUUCUCUUAUCAGUAUCCAAUCUGGAAGAUUUUCAGUAGUUUCUGUAUGGUUCUGAAAUCCUGUAAGACUAGCAGAAAUACAUGUCCUUUGCAAAGAAGGUUAUAGCUUCAUGUUGCAGUGUAAUGACGAUGGCCAUGUAUUCAAGGUGCUCAGCAAUAGGCAAUUCCUGUUGGUAAACUGGCAUAUCUUAACCAGUCUCUAGUUUUCACAAAGAAAUCUAUAUGGAGGCAAAUUGUAUGUUUGAAAAAUUCAUCCUUGGUUAGUAGAGCUAAGCCUGGGCAAGAAUAGCAGCCUCCAGUUAUACACUCCCCUGCAUAUUCAGUUCCUUGUAUGGAACAGCUAAUUUUCUCAUGUAUUAAGUACUAUGGCCAAUGACUUUCCUUCUACAGGUAAUAUAGUAGGAUAUGUCCAUUAUACUACUUCAAAUGCUAUUGGCAACUUUAAGGUGUGCUGGAAUUUAAUUUGCUUGAUUUUAAUUUCCGUAUUUUUUCCUGAACCAAGUUGAUGUCUCUUUUGACAACUUUUGCCACAGAACAGAGAUUAAGUGCCCUGAUAGUUUAUUCAAUUAUUUUCUCCUAAGAAAAUUGUAACGCAUACAGAGGAAAUGUGACAUUAUAUCAUUUACUAUGUUAACAUUUAGCAAAUUAUUUGAUUAAUGCUCCACUUCCACAGUGUCCUAAAAUGCAAUUUAUUAAUAAGAAACUAAAUUUGAAAGGCUAUUAUUUUCACAUUUUCCUCUUUUUCCUGUAUAUGCUCAAUCCAUUUUAAAUUGGAAUUAAAUAAUUAUCAACUUCAACCUGGGAAAGCGAGCAUUUGUAUUAUGCUUCUCAAAUAUAUUUUAAAAUGUUGGAAUAUCUAGGAUAGGCAGCUGCAAAAAAAAAACAAGUGCUAUAGUUUCAAGACAAUGACCUUUCAAUAGAACUCGGUAAAGUUAGAAAUGAAAUAAAUGAAAUGGUUUCCUUUCUAACUUUUCAAAAAUGUAAAUGUGGCACUGCUAACUGGUACAAUGAAUAGUACCAGCACAACUCCCCUGCACAGUCUUCCCCCUUUUCUGAUCUGUUGGCAGUAGUUUAGUGUCAAUAUAAAUAGGACAUACUUAAUCAGCUGGUUUAUUAAUGCACCAUUGUCCUGGGAGUGCCUCCUUGCCAAAGGUUGAGAAAUCAAUAUCUUUAUUUUCUUUUGGUUGCUUAUAGAAUGCACAUGGAGCAGACUUUCUUACUAAGAAUCUUGUAAGCAUUUUGUUGCCAAGAUUUGGGCCACAUUGAAAUUUAAUCAGAUAACUGAAUACAAUUUUUCACAUGUUUAUUAGGUGUGGAACCUAUUUACAGCUUAUCUGGCAAUACACAACUAUGUAUAUAAUGACUAUUGCACACCAAAAUGUGGCCUCCUGCAUGAAUUUUCUUAACAUCAUCCUAACCUUCCCAGCACCCCACCAUUGCAUUCUUUAAUGUACAAUGGUUAUACAGAGCUACAAAAUAAAUACUGUUCAUAAACAAAACAUCAAAUCAAUAAUUAUUGAUUAAAAUGGCUGCCAUAGCAGGUAAAAUGGCUAUUAGUACAACAGGAGUAAAGAUGAUGUUUGUUUACAUGUGCCUUUGUUAUCCGCUGAACAAUUUGAAAUCUAAGCAAGCUAUUUAUCAAUUAAAAAGAACUAUUAUUUGAUUUGUUGUCUCAAUGUUUACUUUCUGUACAUGUUUAUUGGCAAGAAUGUUUUGGUGCUGGGCAAAUGCAUGUUUCCCUCAUCAGAAUAGACUUUUUAUGUUGUAUGACAUUGGCUGGCCAUGCUGAUUACUUUGUCCAGGCAUACAUUCGUAUCUGAAGAGAUAAUUUGACAAUUGAAACUAAGGCCAUAAUUUCUGGACAGUUACAAUGAAUUAAUAGCUUCAGAGGCAAUGGUAGACAGAGCAGAAAUUUUGGCUUGACAAUUUUCUCCUUCGCACGCUCCAAAGCUGUUAUUUACUUGGAUACAGUUUCACAGGUAUUAUCAAGGGUAUUUGAUGCUGACAGCACCUAACAUUGCUGUAGCAUAGUACUUCUUAGAACUAGGAAAGUGAAUUAUAGCUGAUUUCCUUCAAUAGACCAGUCAUGCUGAGCCUAGUGCAGCAUCCCUUCAGCAAUUCCCCCCCCCCCACUGAAAUCAGUUCAUUUAGCAUUGACUAGAUGCAUCCCAGCCAUCUGAGCAACAACUAAAGAAUGUCUUCUCUUCACAAGAACUGGCGACAUUUACAACUAAUUUCAAGAACAAUACAAAAGAUUUUAAAAUUGAUUCUUCCACAUUGUAGGAGUGCAUAAUCAGCAUGUUUACAUUGCAUCACUGGACUGGGACAGCAUGCAAUUCAGAUUGCAAUCUGGCAGGGAAUUUACAGACAUGCUUGCAUGCAGGGUAGAGCUAGUUUGUUCCCAAACCAGUACUCUGAUUACUGUUGGCCUUCAAUCUGCUGUAGCAAAUACAUCUCUGUUCAGAUGCCUGCCAUGGCCAAAAACAAAAAUCAGCCACAGUGAAUAUAGCAUCUGUCAUGUAAAACAGAGGACUGCCAAAAAUUCUUCCCCGAUCCUAAAUGUGUUUAUUUUAAUUGGCAGUGAAGACAAAGGUGAUUCUCUCACUUGAGUGAAUCUCUUUUUCAUUAUUUGUGCUUUUGCGCGAGGUUGUGGGUCAAAUUGCUAUAUACUUCUGUGGGAAUUAACAGCAAAUGCCAUUUCACUUUAAGGAGAUGAUAUCAAGUUUGAGACUGAUAGAAAUAACCCAAUAACUGCACAACAGGUCACUAAUUGGGUAGGAUCAUGAAUAGCUUUCAUGAUGUCUCUUUUCAGCCCAAUCAUUCUAGCUUGAGUUGCAGUGUGUGGUAUUAAAUAUGGAGCCCUUUUUCUCCCCUUCGAAAUGAUUCAGAGUUUUGAAUUUUCCAUCCAAGGUUUUCAAAAUUUAAAACUCGUUACCCAUUAAAGUGAGAAGCCAUGUCUGGGAUGUGUCUCUAAAGAAUUAAUUGCUUGAAUGCGCAUGUUUUUAUGCUCUGAGAUUUGUUCUGACACCUCUUCUGAUGUUUUGUAAUGGUGAAAACCCUUCUCAACAUAUUGCCAAUGGAACAAAUGCAAUGGGACAAAGUCAGUAUAUUUUGCAUUCUGUGAUUUCAAUGAUCAAAAUUGGCAAAGCUAAUGUUUACCAUGGUAUCUUAUUGCCAGAGCUGUAUAUCUGAAAACAUUUGGUUUUGUUAAACAUUGAUAUUUUAUUCAUCAAACUAGCAUUGGCUUGACCUGACAUUGUGUGAGUUAUAUCUUUAUUCUAUUUUGUUGAAUGUUACAUGCAGUAAACCUGAAUGGUGCUUGGGUUGCUAUAGGAUAAUAAAACACUUUUAAGCUAAACUAGUAGUGAAAUGGACUGAGAACUUGAAACUCAAGAGAGGUAACAAAGCAAUUGUAAGGAUUUAAAAUGUUUUUUCAAUACUUCCUGUAAUUAUACUUUCUAACCAAAAAUACCUGCUGAAAAUUUAAUAUGCCAACAUAACUGGUUUGUUUCUUUGAUUAAUCAGCAAAUAAUUGCUUUUGGCAUAAUGGGGGAAGGGAAAGAAAUGUGUGACUUCCUGUGUUAGAAAAUAUGUGCUGAUUGCCUCGUGCCUACAGUGUAAUUUUUUUUCAACAGAACCUUUUGCCAAUCUGAUUCUUUCCAACAAAGGUUGUUGGAGUUUUUGUUUUAAAAAAUUUAAUUUUACCACACAAAACAUGUAUAUUACCCUUUGUUAUUAAAAAUGCUUAUUUUCACCAAAGAUGCACAACUUGCAUUCAUAUGGAAUUACUGAAUAAACCUUUUUAGUUUGCAAGUUUCUGGCUAUGUAUUCCUAAAUUUAUUCAUAUGAAUUGUAUAUUUGGUAAAUAUAGUAAAUUGGUUUAUUGCUAUCACAUGUACUGAUGUACAGUGGGGAAAACUUGUAUUGCAUACUAUUCACACAGAUCAAUUUAUUACAACAGUGUAUUAAGGGAGUACAAGAUAAAACAACAACAGAAUGAAGUGUUACAGUUACAGGGAAAGUGCACUGCAGGUAGACAAUAAGGAACAAGGUCAUAACAAGAUAGAUUGUGAAGUCAAGAAUCCAUCUUACCAUACAAGAGAACUAUGCAGUUAGUCUAGAAGCUGUCCUUGAGCCUGGUGGUGCAUGCUUUCAGGCUUCUGUAUUCUGCUUGAUGGUAAGGGGCAGAAUAGAGAAUAUCAGGUGGGAGGGGUCUUUGAUUAUAGUGGUUGUUCUCCUGAGGCAGCAAAAAGUUUAGAUGGAAUCCAUGGAGACGAGGCUGAUUUUCAUGAUGGGCUGAGCUGUUUCCAUUACUCUCUGUAGCUUCUUGCAGUCAUGGGCAUACCAAGCUGUGAUAAAUCUAGAUAGGAUGCUUUCAACGUGCAUUGAUUAAAAAUUGGUCAGGGUCGACAGGGACAUGUCAAAUUUAUUCAGCCUGAGGAAUGAGGAAGUAGAGGCA